CGCUCCCACCACUCCCCUCCCCUCCCCUCCUCCGCUCCCCAGCGAUUCCCACCGCAAUCCUCCGUCUCCUCCCCGCAUCCCCGCCGUGUCCACCUGCCCGCCAUCCGACCGGAGGAAGCCUCCGGGGGUUCUCUUGGUCCCUAGCGCCUUGGACGCUUCCCCCCGGGCUGCACCAGCCCGCCGCUUUUAGGUGCCGUCCGGCCUCCGCUUUUGCGUCCCUUUUCGGACGGGAUUGCUGCCGGUUUCUCGCGAAAGAUCGCAUCUCUUGCCUGCCGGAUCAGAUGAGAUGCGGGGGUGCCGGUGCCUCUAGGAGACAUGGCUGAAGAAGCGGUCUCGUCCUCGCCCGGAUCCUCCGCGGUGACGGCGGUGGCUGCGUACCCCUACCCGUACCGAGUGGCGCGCAGCCUCCAUGGCGCCCUCGUCGUCAGGGACGAGCUCCCCUACUCGUACCCCGCUGCUGCCGCUGCCGCCCCGCCGCCACCCGCGCAGGUGCAGCAGGGCUCCUCCGGCGGGGGAGGCGGCAAGAUUAGCCCCGCGGUGCUCUUCAUCAUCGUGAUUCUUGCGGUGGUGUUCUUCAUCUCCGGCCUGCUCCACCUCCUCGUGCGGCUGCUCAUGAAGAAGCAGCACCGCCGCCGAGGGGGCUCGGCGGCCGCGGCGGCGCAGGGGCCCGGGGAGGCCGACGCGGCGCUGCAGCGCCAGCUGCAGCAGCUGUUCCACCUUCACGACUCCGGCCUGGACCAGGCCUUCAUCGACGCGCUGCCCGUCUUCUCCUACCGGGAGAUCGUCGUAGGCGGCGGCGGCGGCGACAAGGAGCCCUUUGACUGCGCCGUGUGCCUGUGCGAAUUCGACGCCGAGGACAGGCUCCGGCUGCUGCCGCUCUGCGGGCACGCCUUCCACCUCAACUGCAUCGACACAUGGCUGCUGUCCAACUCGACCUGCCCGCUCUGCCGCGGGGUGCUCUUCGCCCCAGGGCUGACAGCCGAGAAUAACCCGAUGUUUGAUUUCGAUGAGGGGUUGGAGGAAGGGCGGCUGUCGGAGUGCUGCGAGGAUGGUUUCGGAUUGCCCACGCAGAAGUCCUCGGAGGGGUUGCAGGAGCCGGCGGCCGAGAAAAGAGUGUUCCCGGUGAGGCUUGGGAAGUUCAAGAAUGUCGGCACCCAGGGUGCUGUUGAAGGUGGAAAUGCCGAUUCUGCUGUGCUGAGGAGGGAGGAAGGGGAGAGUAGCAGCAGCAGUUUGGAUGCAAGGAAAUGCUUCUCUAUGGGCACUUAUCAGUAUGUUCUUGGGACUUCAGAACUUCAGGUGGCUCUCCAGCCGGGCCGAGCUAGAAAUGGUGGUGCGAUGAGAUUAAGACCUCCGGGAAUAAGUUGUGUCAAUGCGGACAUUAUGGAGGGAAAGAAAAUUUGCGCACGGAACAAAGGGGAGAGCUUCUCCAUGUCGAAGAUUUGGCAGUGGUCUAAUCUCAAGGGCAAGUUACCUGCUGGCUCAGAUGAUUGUUCAGAAGCAGGGAGCCUUCCAUGGUUGAAGAGAGGUGGCACUGGGGAUAAAUUGAACAUGUGAUGUGACUCUGUACUGUGAUACUAGCUAAUAUUUCUCUUCUUAGUGCCACUCCAUUAAUUUCUUACCUAUAAUUAUUCUAGUCUAAUUUUCAUAUUCAGGUUUUAAUUGGAAUUGGUUAAUCUCAUGGGGAGAUAAGUUUUCCGUAGUCAUGCCACCUUA